UUCCUAAAUAUAGCGGGCGAGUAUCUGUCUGUGUGUCUGCCUGCCUGAGACACUUUGACAAAAACUAUCUUUAUCUCCGGAGGCAUCGGGAGGGCAGAGGGAAUCUUAGAGCUAGAAGAGGAACUGCUGUCUGUAAUAUCAUCUCAUCUGGAUCCAUCUUUCAAAUUAGAGGUUGAAGAGGAGUUCCCUCUCCUGUUACACAACACACAAAACGUUUUCAGGAAGCCAUGCCAAGCUGAUGUUGGAGUAACAGAGCUGCCAGUGGGACUAUGUGUUAAGGAUUGCGUCUUGAACUCUCAACUACCUGGACCCCACUGAUAUUCUUCUUCAGCUGUUAUUGGAAGUUGUUUUGGCAAUGGGGAGGAAGAAAAUACAGAUCACUCGGAUCGUCGAUGAGAGGAAUCGACAGGUGACUUUCAUGAAGAGGAAGUUUGGUCUGAUGAAGAAGGCCUAUGAGUUGAGUGUUCUGUGUGACUGUGAAAUCGCCCUCAUCAUCUUCAACAGCUCCAACAAGCUGUUUCAGUAUGCCAGCACCGACAUGGACAAAGUCCUACUGAAAUACACUGAGUACAAUGAACCACAUGAGAGCAGAACCAACUCUGACAUUGUGGAGGCCCUGAACAAGAAGGAGCACAGAGGCUGCGACAGCCCAGACGCUGAUUCCUCCUACGUCCUCACCCCCAAUACCGAGGAGAAAUACAAAAAGAUUAAUGAGGAGUUUGACCAUAUGAUGAGGAGUCAUAAAAUUUCCACAGGCCUUCCACAUCAGAACUUUAUGCACGUAGCUCCUGGCAGCAUGGCAUACAGCCCCGGUGCAGGAGGAGGAGGAGGAGGAGGAGGAGGUGCGACCUCCCAGGCUCUGGCUGCAGCCACAGCAGCUCUGGCUGACAGUGGGAUCCUCUCCUCUCCUCACACACACCUCCACAGAAACAUAAACUCUCCACAAAGAUCUCCCAGCACUGGAAACACAGGUGGCCUGCAGGGAGGUUCUGAUCUUGCUCUGCAAAAUGGAUCUGGAACAGUUGUGAACGGCUUUGUGGGCUCACCUGGUGGAAGCAGCCUGGGAAAGAUCAUACCACCCAAAUCUCCUCCUCCUCUCCCACCUCCUGGGAACAGCCUGGCCCCUACCAGCCGCAAAAAUGACCUCCGAGUGGUCAUCCCCCAGUCCAAAGGAAUGAUGCAAACACUGAGUAACCAGAGGCUGAGCAGCAGUCAGUCCAACCAGCCUCUGUCCACUCCAGUGGUCUCCAUCACCACACCCAGUCUGCCUCAUCAGAGUCUGGUCUACACCGGCAUCGGCUCUGCUUACAACAAUGAUUACUCCCUGAACAGUGCUGAGUUGUCAGGCUUCAGCUCCCCUGCAGGCCCUUCUUUAGGCUCCAUGGCAGCAUGGCAGCAACACCAGCUGGGCUCACUGGGGUCUGCGAGCUCUAAUCUCUGCAUCAACACCAACCACAACAUCAACAUCAAAGCCGAGCCAAUCUCCCCACCCCGCGACCACCUCAGCCACUCAGGGUACAUGACCCAGCCACAUGCCUCGGCUCCUCAUCAUCACUCCUCCUCCUCUUCAUCCGCCAGAGCAGAGAUGGGGAGGUCUCCUGCAGACAGCGUCAGCUCCUCCUGCAGCUCCCAUGAGGGCGGCAGCGACCGGGAGGAGCAGCAGCAGCGGCCGGACUUCCACUUGCUCCCUGUGAGUCGGUCAGAGGGCAGAGAGAGUCCGACGGUCAAACGAAUGCGAAUGGACAGCUGGGUGACAUAGAGCCCUGCAGUCACAUGACGACACACCACCAAGGCAAACACAGGAUGGACACUGUUAUGCAAAUGAAAUGUGGAUUUUAUUGAUGUGUUCUGUUACUUUUCUUUAAAUUAUCUUUGUUUUUUGUUUUUUUUAGGCAGUCAGAUAUUUGAGAAGGGUUGAGCAACAUUGGUCUGAAUAUUCUGUAUCUGUCAGAAUCAUCUCAGAAAAUCUUCAGUGGUACUUUAUAAAUAUGAAUCAUUUUUAAUAAUGUGGGUCCAAUUGCAGUGCAGUCUGUCAUUUUCUUAUUCAGUGGGAUGCAGGACACAGAAGAAUGAAAGAGCGUGAGAUUAACGUCGUCUGUCAGUCUUGCGGCUUCAUGAUUUGGGUGUUAAAGCAGUGAAGUGCUUCUGGGUGUCACUUAUUCAUUGCUGAUCUUCUCAGGGUUUGAAACACCUGAGUCCGACAUGAAAGCAAUACUCCCUCCACAUCAUCCCUGUUGCUCCUCUUUAAAAACACUUAUUUAUAUCAGCCAAAGCAGUAUGCUGUUUUUUAUGUUGUGUGAGCGUGUUUUUAUAAUGUGCACAGAAUAAGACAAUAUUUCAUUAGGAUACAGAUUUAAAACUGAAAGCCAUGGACACUUGUUCUGUACGUGCUACCGAAAUAUGUCUUUAUGUUUUGUAUAUAGUAUCUUUAAUAUAUAUCACUUUUGGUGUAACUACAUAUUGUUGAUCUGUCUGUUGCAUCUGCCUGAGUGAAAUAUGACACGUCCACCAGAUUUUACAAAAGUAUAUUUUUGUGGAUCGCCGCCAUAUUUGCAAGGCAUUCUUUGUCAUCAAGUGUCUGUUAGAUAAAUCUGUUUUGUGAAGUACAUCAUGCUGCACUCUCUUAAACAGAAAACCUUGAGACCAGAAAGAAUUUUGAUAGAUGAGAUCAUAUGCAGAGGGAAAUUCACAUAUAUCAACCACAGAGAAACACACACCUAACAUCUUCAAAAUACACUCACAGGAACAAGUGACCACCACACAGCAAAAGUUGUAAUUGUGUGUGUGUGUGUGUACAUGUAGUAACUUCCACUAGUGUGUAUUUAAAGGUAUAAUGAAGGAAUUAAACUUAUAGAGGUAGA